AUCUCUUCCGAUUCUUGACGCAGAUGACCCAAAUUAACGUCCUAAUUUCCCACCCAAAUCAUACACUAAUGGUUUCCCAAGAUCGACUCUCUCUCCACUCAGCCGCUGCUGUAUCUCUCCCUCUAUUCUCUCUCCUCACUCUUCCCUUCACACCAAGGGCAAAAAUGGAGUUGAGGUGGUUAUGUGGUGACUGUUUGCUAUGCAGAUUUCUAUUGGUUUUUGUCUUAGGGAAGAUUACAGAAAAAUAUGAACUAGCUCAGGUGAAGAAGGCUUCGGAGUUGAGGUUGUUCUUGGAAGAUCCUCUUACUUUUGAUAUGUUUGUCUCGGAAUUGCACUUUGCUGCAUGGAGGGUUUCAGAAAAAUCUGGAUUGCUUCAAGUUGCAAAAUCUUGGAAUUCGUCUUGGCUUUGUUCUUUCUUUUCCCAUUGCAGAGAGUAUUUCUACCUCUCUCACACUCCUGCAAAAGCAACAGCUGCAACCGACAAUAAUAUAAGGAAAUCAAGGAAAAUGUCCCCACCUUAUCGUGUGUUGCUACGCAAUGACAACUACAACCAAAGGGAGUAUGUCGUGCAAGUGCUAAUGAAGGUUAUACCUGGUAUGACCCUUGACAAUGCUGUGAAUAUCAUGCAAGAGGCACAUUACAAUGGCAUGUCAGUGGUGAUUAUCUGUGCUCAAGUAGAUGCAGAGGAUCACUGCAUCCUGCUGAGAGGCAAUGGUCUUCUAAGCUCGAUUGAGCCUGCAAGUGGAGGUUGUUAA